UCUUUAAUUCUUUCUUUCUUGUGAUCAAAGAAAACCCAUCAAAGAGAACCCAUCUUUCUCAUCCUUGCUCUUCACCGGAUAUAUAUCUGAAAUUCAUGUUUCGGUGCCGGAAAAUCUUUUCACUAUGAGCUGUAAUGGGUGUAGAAUCCUCCGAAAGGGCUGCAGUGAGGAUUGCAUGCUUCGACAAUGCCUGCAGUGGAUAAUCAAUCCUCAGGCUCAGGCAAACGCCACCGUCUUUGUCGCCAAGUUCUUUGGCCGUGCCGGCCUCAUGUCCUUCAUCUCCUCCGUGCCUCUAAACCAGCGUCCUUCAUUGUUUCAGUCGCUUUUGUUUGAGGCUGUGGGGCGAACGGUGAAUCCAGUGAGUGGAGCAGUGGGGCUUCUCUGGACUGGAAACUGGCACGUCUGCCAGACGGCGGUGAUGACGGUGCUCCGUGGCGGUGCUUUAGAACCUAUACUAGAGUUUGACGGUAGGAUGUUAGGACCGGACUUGGAUAACUUUUCAGAAUGUGUAAAUUUUACGCCUAUAAAUGUGAGUUCAGGAUCGAAGACAACAAGAACAACAACAUUAAAGAGGAAGAGGUCUGAUGAUGAUGAGGGUAUAUGUGGACUCACAAAUCUUGACCUCUGUUUGAUGCACCCGGCCGAGGAGAAGCAACGGUCGGUGAUGCCAUCAGAGGAGGAGUCUGAAAUGACAACGUUGGAGAGUGGUGGUUAUGCAUCUGCUGGAACUAAUUGUAGUUUGCAGGGAGGUGAAAGAAAGCUCUUGUCAUUAUUUAUUUGAGGUCUUUUUAGGGACUUCUAUGUUAGCAUAGAAGAGAAAUUUUCUUAUUACUUAAUGCAUAAUUGCAUACUGAGAAGAAUUAAGAUUUGUUAA